AUGAACCGGUUUGUGCAAAGCACCAAAGAGAGGUAUGUGCCUGAAGACUUGCCUGAAUUUGCCAUACGUGAAAAUACUGACGAUGUCAUUAUAAUCGGUAAUCCAGAUAGUGAAACACUCUAUCAAAUUCCUCAAAGUGUCAAACUGGGCAGCAGAGUUUUUAGGUCGACCCGACCGGUAGCAAGUCGAUCAGUUCAAGUGGCGGUCAGACAGGCAGCCGUUCUUCGGCCUCAGUUGACCCGGUUGUUGCACUCUUCGGCGCCACAUCGAGUCAUUGCCGCCGCCGUCAAUCCGAACACCUCUGCCUCGCUGAAAGUGGGCGAUCAACUUCACGGCUACGCAGUGACCAGCGUCGAGGAUGUGCCCGAGCUCUGCCUCACCGCCUACAAACUUCGACACACCCGGACCGGUGCGGAGCACCUGCACAUUGCCCGUGAGGACAGCAACAACGUCUUCUCGGUGUCCUUCCGCACGACGCCCUCAAACAGCACCGGCGUGGCCCACAUCCUGGAGCACCUGGCGCUUUGCGGCUCGGCGAAGUACCCGGUGCGAGAUCCCUUCAUGAAGAUGCUCACUCGAUCGCUGUCCACCUUCAUGAACGCCUUCACCGGGCCCGACUACACGAUGUACCCGUUCAGCACGCAGAACAGCCGUGACUUUUACAACCUUCUCUCCAUCUACCUCGACGCCACUUUUCACCCGCGUCUCCGGCAGCUGGACUUUCUUCAAGAGGGCUGGCGACUGGAGCACGCCGACAUUAAUGACCGCAACAGUCCGCUCGUCUUUAAGGGUGUCGUUUUCAAUGAAAUGAAAGGCGUCUUUUCGAGCCCUUCGGCAAUCUACACCCGUGCUCUCAUCAACAAGCUCUUUCCCGACAAUACCUACGCUAAUGAAUCUGGCGGUGACCCGCUGGUCAUCCCCUCACUGAGCUACGAAGAGCUGAAGGACUUUCACGCUCAGCACUACCACCCAAGCAAUUCUCGCUUUUUCACCUACGGUAACUUUCCCCUGGAGCAGCACCUGGAGGCGAUUGACAAGGUGAUUGGCAACUUUGAGGAGAACAGCAAACUGGCAGAGGGUAGUUUCGUCAAUGAGCAGACUCGCUGGAAGUCGGCAGUGCACGACAAGCUGAGCUGCCAGAAUGAUCCACUGGCGCCCUUUCCCGACAAGCAGACCACCCUCGGCGUGACGUACAUGCUCGAGUCGCUCACUGACACACAUGAGAACUUUACGCUGGCCAUACUGGGCUCUCUGCUCACCGACGGACCCAGUUCGCCCUUCUACGAGGCCCUCAUCGACAGCGGCCUCGGCUCUGACUACGCGCCCUUCAGCGGCGUGCAGAAGUUCACCAAGCAGAGUCUGUUCUCCAUUGGCCUGCAGGGCAUUGCGCCGGAUCAGUCGGGUGCGGUGCAGAAGGCCAUCAACAUGGCGCUGAAGAACGCCUACACCGAGGGAUUUCCAAUGGAGCGAGUGGACGCCAUCCUGCAUCGAAUUGAACUGGGCACGAAGCACCAGAGCUCCAACUUUGGCCUCGGUUUGGCGAUGAAUCUCAACACCUACUGGAACCAUGGCGUCGAUCCAAUUCAGUGUCUGCGGGUAAACGAGCAUGUUGAGCAGUUUAAGCGAUCUCUGGCCGCUGAUCCAAAGUAUCUGCAGAAGAAGGUGAGGGAGCACUUUAUUGACAACUCCCACAAGUUGGUCAUUGAAAUGAGCCCGAGCGACUCGUACGAGAGCAAGCUGGCUGAAGCGGAGAAGACACUGCUGGAGAAGAAGAUUGCCAAGCUGACGGACGGUGACCGGGCGGUGAUUUACGAGAACGGCAAGCAGCUGCUGGCCGCACAGGAGGCCACCGAGGAUCUGUCCAUUCUGCCGACGCUGAACGUGCACCGAGACAUCUCUCGCAGCUUCAAGGCCACCGCCAUUGAGAAGGACAAGGUGGGCGGUGUGCCGGUGCAGUGGAGUGCCCAGCCGACGAACGGCAUCGUCUACUUCAACGCUGUCACCAGUUUGCAGACGGAAACCUUUCCCAUGAAGUUAAUUCCCUUUCUGCCGCUGUUCAGCUCGGUGAUGACCAAACUGGGCGCCGGUCCCUGGGACCGAAAGAAGCUCGACCAGGAAGUGUCAAUGAGGACCGAUGGGCUGGGAGUGGGCGUGCACAUUGCCGACCACCACACGGUCUUUGGCAGCUUCGAGCAGGGGCUCACCUUCAGCAGCCACUGUUUGGAGCGCAAUGUCGAGGCGAUGUUCGCCCUGUGGACGGAGCUCUUCAGGCGCAUUCGCUUUGACGACGACCACGAGCACCUGAAGCAGCUGAUUCGCAUUGCCUCUGCUGAGCUGGCCGCCUCAGUGCCGCACAAUGGCCACCGGUACGCAAUGACGAGAGCCGCCUCCAGCUUUGGCGGCGCCAUGAAGAUGCGCGAGCUGGUCAGUGGAAUGUCCAGUCUGGCGUACUUUCGCCUGGUGGCCGCCAGUCCGGAGAAGGUGCAGGAAGUGGUGGCCAAUCUGAAGCAGAUUGCCGAGCUGCUGCUCAACGGCAAGCGGCUGCGAAUUGCCAUCAACGGCGAGGCGGCGGCCAUUCGCAGCUCGCUGGCCACCGUGGAGAGCUUUGUGAGCAACAUUGGCGGCUCGGGCGAGAAGGCGAAGGUGGGCGAGGCGGAAUCGACGACCUCUGCCAUCGUCAUGCCCACGCUCAACGCCAGCACCUCCAAUGAGCACUUUAUCUUUCCCUUCAGCACCAACUACCUCUCCCGGGGCGUCUUCUGUGCGCCCUUCUCCCACCCUGACUUUGCGCGGCUGCGAAUCGCCUCCAGUCUGGUGUCGGCCAAGUUUCUCCACCGGGAGAUUCGCGAGAAGGGCGGCGCCUACGGCGGUGGCGCCAAGUUUGAUUCGAGCGGCGUCUUCAGCUACUUUAGCUACCGCGACCCGCAGGUCACCGGGACGAUGGAGGCCUUUGACCGGGCGGGCGAGUGGCUUCUGCGCACCGACAACUACACCGAUGCGGAGAUUGACGAGGCGAAGCUGCAGGUCUUCCAGAGCGUCGACGCGCCGGUGGUGCCCGGCGAGGCCGGUCUGGAGCAGUUUCUCAUUGGACGCACCGAUGAGAUGCGCCAGGAGUACCGGCUCAGACUGCUCGAGGUGGGCAAGGCCGACAUUCAAGAGGUGGCUGAACGAUAUCUCAUUGGAAGUCCGGCACUGCAGUCUGGCGUCUGUCUGAUUGGUCCCAGCUCGGAGGUGACCGCCAAUAAUGACAAGUGGAAGGUUCGCAUUGUCUCGCAGUAG